AUGCAAUCUUCACUCAAGUUCGCUUGCUCGCUUUUCCUGAUCCUUAUCAUAAUCCUUAUCAACUCGCCCCCCUCUUCAUCGACGCUCUCUGCAACUCCGUCGACUCCAGGCUGCCCGCUCUCGACAAAAUGUCCAUAUUACUCGUCUCUGAUCUCUCAUUCUCCGCUUCCCUCCAUUGACUGGUCAAAUUCUGACUGUCCGCUAAAGGAUAAAUGUCCAUACUUUGAGAAACUCAGGAAGGAAUUUGAUGAGAAUAACGGAGUUGUAGGUGAUAGAUGUCCGUAUUUGAGUAAAUGUCCACAUGCAAACGAUAAAGAGAAGACGCCUGGGGACGUGAACAAGUGUCCGCAUUUUAAACAUGAUGGCGCGGAGGGACAUGGGGAUGUGACCAAAUGUCCGCAUUUGAAAAAGAAGAAGGAAGAGGAAGCGAGAGACGAGUUGUAG